AUGCGUGGUACACAACCAUGCCAGGUUUUAUAUCCCCUUCAUGGUGUUCGUUAUCAUUUAAAGGAAUUUACAGGGAAAAUACCUCAAAAUAGGAGGGAGUUAUUCCAUCUUAGACAUUUAUCUUUGAUGUCAAAGAUUGAAGCUACCUUUGGUAUUUCGAAGAACCGCUUCAAGAUUCUCACGGUAAAACCCUACUACCCCUUCCCCACACAAGUUGACAUUGUUUUGGCAUGCACGGUUCUCCAUAACUACAUUGCAACAGUUGAUCCAAACGAUGAUUUGCUUAAUGCGAACAUGAAUAUUAAUGAGGAUGAUGGUGAAGAGAGAAUUGAAGAAGACAACGACAUUGUUGAUUUCACUCAAAACCAAACACAAAGAGAACAAAAUGCCUCAAGAGAUGAGUGGAAGUCUCGUAGAGAUCAAAUCGCUUUGGACAUGUAG